AUGGGCAAUCAAAGUAUAAAAGAUUCGAGUACACGUGGAUCGCCCAAUUUAAAAAGUCGUCGUUCACUAUCAAAACCAUUUCUUAAUUUAUCCGGUUCACAUACAGAAUCUCCAUUGAUAUCAACAUCAUCACUUGCAACUCAGCACACAAAUGUUGAUGAUAUAUCUAUUCAUAGUCAAGGUUCAUUUCGUUCAACACCUUGCGGUACACUUGCACAUAUUCAAUCUCAACAGAACACGAAUGGAAAUCUAGAUUGUUUAACAGCCGAAAAACGUUGGUUAUCACGUGAAUUACUAUUAACACAAUCUGAUACAGCAUCAACAUCAUUUCUUGGAAAUAAUAAUAACAAUAGCCUUACAUCUACAAAUUGCCCAUUACAUCAUCAUCGUUCAAAUGUAACCAACGAUGGAAUCUAUAUUGCUUGUUUACCGUUCAAUGCCAGUGAUGAUAAACAAUUAUCAUUAGCAGUCGGUGAACAUUUAACUAUUAUUAAUUAUCAUGAUAGAAAUCAGGAUUGGGUUGAAGUACGUAAUAGUCAAGGUCAAAUAGGUUGGGUACCACAAGUAUUUAUCAAGCCAUUAUCAUCAUUAGAUAGACAUUCUUGGUUUCAUGGAAAAGUUUCCAGAUGUGAAGCAGAAUAUUUAUUAACACAAGGAAUUAAUGGAAGUUUUCUUGUCCGUGACAGCGAAACUGUUCCAGGUCAACUAUCCAUUAGUCUUCGAUAUGAUGGUCGCAUCUAUCAUUAUCGUAUAAAUACCGAUGAAAAUGGUCAAUAUUAUGUAUCAACUGAAUUACGUUUCGCAACGUUACAACAAUUAAUUCAUCAUCAUUCAAUCACAACUGAUGGCCUUGUUCAUCUACUACUUUAUCCAAUAAAUAAACAUAAAAUUCAACCAGCACUAUUUAAAAUCGAUGAUAAAUGGGAAAUUCCACGAUCAGAAAUCGCUAUGAAACAAAAACUAGGCGGUGGACAAUAUGGUGAAGUUUACGAAGCAUUAUGGAAACGUUAUAAUAAAGUUGUUGCUGUUAAAACAUUAAAAGAAACUAUGAGUCUACAAGAUUUCUUAGAAGAAGCUGAUGUUAUGAAAGAUUUAAAACAUCCAAAUCUUGUUCAACUACUUGGUAUAUGUACACUUGAACCGCCAUAUUAUAUUAUAACUGAAUUUAUGCCACAUGGGUGUUUACUUGAUUAUUUAAAACGACGGCCUCGUACAGAAUUAACAUCAACUGUUCUAAUGUAUAUGGCUGGACAAGUUGCUUCAGCUAUGACCUAUUUAGAAGCAAAGAAUUUUAUUCACAGAGAUUUAGCUGCACGAAAUUGUCUUGUUGGAGAUAAUCAUGUUGUAAAAGUUGGUGAUUUUGGUUUAGCUCGCCUUGUUAAAUGUGAAGAUCAUUAUACAGCUAAACAUGGUGCAAAAUUUCCAAUCAAAUGGACCGCACCGGAAGGAUUAGAACGCAAUCAAUUUUCAACCAAAUCAGAUGUAUGGAGCUUUUCAAUUCUUCUCUGGGAAAUUGCCACGUAUGGUGCUAGCCCAUAUCCAAAAAUAGAACUUUGUCAAGUAUUUGAUCACCUUCGAAGUGGCAAUCGAAUGGAACGUCCACCUGGUUGUCCAUUAGAUGUAUAUAACCUAAUGCAGAAAUGUUGGAGAUGGAAUCCUGAUGAAAGACCAACAUUUAAAGAAAUUCAUGCUGAACUCGAAAGUAUGACUACAGUUGGCUUUAAUACACAAGAAAAUGGUGCAACAAAAAUUCUAUCAGCAAAUGAAUAUUGUUCGAAUGGCAAUCGACCUCGAACGGGUCCAUCACUUCCACCGCCUCGGCCACCAGCUCGAACAUGUUCAUUUUCUAGUGUUACAUCUCCUCCCCCACCACCACCACCUGCUACAGCUCAUCAAUCAAUUCUAGCGCGUUUUCUUCCUUCACCUCGUCCAAAGAUGCCAACUGAUCAACAGCCACAACAAUCAACUAUUACCGAAGAAUCACAUGAACAAACUCUACCAACUAUUAUUCAUCAACAACCGUUACGUGAUCGACCACGAAAUAUUAAUCCUGAAGCGCGCCUAUCAACAUUCAGUAAAAAACAAACACCAGUACCAAUAACUACUCCACUUCCAAAUUCAUUUUCAACCACUACAUUUGCCGGACAUAAUCAUUCAUCAACUACGACGAAUGGUAUUGAACCAUUAAAUAAUGUUGUUUGUGAUAGUGUUCAACGUUCAACGCCAACAUCGAAAUCUAAUCGAGAUGGAUCAAUAAAAUUAAAAUCGAAUAAAAAAGCUUCUAAAGCAAAAUCGAACGUAUCCAUUGAUAGCCUUACAUCAUCAUCAAGUACAAAUUUAACAGAAGCAAAAACUCCUGAACAUCAAAAUUCAUCGUCGACUUCGUCAUCAACAACACCUGAAUUUUGUCGUAUACAUCUUCGACAAACAGUUAAUGUAUCAAAUUCGAAGAAUUCUACUGAAUCUGAAUCUACAAGUGAAUCUGUUCCAUCGUCCGUUGGUAUGGCAAUACGUUUAUUUUCUGAAUAUGCAUCAAGUCGUUGUCAAGAUACAAAAAUGAAUCCAACAAUGACAUCAUCAGGAAAUGAACAAUCAACAGAUAUAGUACGUUCUCUACUUGAAACAGUUCAAUUAUUAAUAAAAUACAUUCGACAAAUACAAAAAAAUCGUCAAAGUAAAUUCAUUAUGUCAAAUUCAACAAUGACCAUUGAUGAUAAUGAAAUUAUAAAUGGAAAAAAUCUAUCAACAACACCAACAACAAUCACAUUAGUGAAUGAUUUAAAUUUAUUCGGUGAUCGUUGUUUAGAAUUAUCAAAAACAAUUUCACCACAAGUAGCUUUUAAAUUACGUGAACAUAUACAAAAUAUAAAAGAUACAUCUAAACCAUUAUUUGAUAAUGAUGAUAAUCGUGAAGAAACGAAUAUCUUCUCACAGAUGACAAGAAUUCUACAAGAUAUUAAAAUAAUUCUCGACAAAUUAUAA